AUGCUGAGCUCCCCGAGCCUGACGCUCAGCGACAUGAGCACAGACACACCACGGAACCCCGUGGAGGCGGGGGCUUCCCCCUGGUUCCUCCCCCCGGUGUCUCCCGGCAACCACCGCCGAACCAAGAGCAGGGCCGGGCACAUUGGCCACCGCCAAAACUCACUCACCGAGUCCAAGGUGCUGCUCGUCACCGAGGCGAAGCGCAGCCACAGCGUGAUCAACCCGGAUCUGUUCCAGUACCACAACCACUUUGAGUUCCUGCGCCUGAUUGGCAAGACCGCCACCAGCGAGGUGUUCUGUGUGCGCCACCGCGCUUCCGGCGAGCUGUUUGCCGUCAAGCGCUCCCGGCGCCGCUUCAGGUCCAAGAUGCAGCGGGAGCGGUGCCUGAGGGAGGUGCGGGCCGUGGCGGCCCUGCCCGCGCACGCCAACAUCGUGAGCCAGUACCGCGCCUGGCAGGAGGGCGGCCACUUCCACAUCCAGAUGGACCUGUGCCAGGGCGGGACCCUGCUGGAAGCUCUUGGGCAGAGCCAUCGCAUGGACGACGCCGCGCUCUGGCGCGUCGCCGCCGACGUGGCGGCCGGGCUCGCUUUCCUGCACGAGUCCGGCAUCCUGCACCUGGACAUCAAGCCAGAGAACAUCUACCGGGAUCUUGGUGGGGCGUGGCGUAUCGGCGACUUUGGGCUGGCCGUGGCCAACGAGAGCCGGGACUGGGAGGAGGGCGACGGCGACUGCGUGGCGCCCGAGCUGCUCAAUGGCGCUGAGCCCGGUCCCCCCGCCGACAUGUUCAGCCUGGGGGCCUCCCUGUACGACGGCCGCCGCGGCGGGGUGCAUGGCGCCGCGCCGCCGUCUGCCGGUGCCGGCUCGGCGCACCACCCCGACUCCUCCUCCGGCUCCUUUGUGCUGCGCCGGCGCGAGCUGCCCUCCCCCGACUCCUGCGACGCCUGCUCCGACGCCUCCUUCAGCUGUGACACGGGGACCACGCUGGGCGGCGGCGGCUGGGGCGGCCACGGCGCCGCCUCGGAGCUGGACUUUGUCGACAUCGCUGCGUCCUCUCCCCAGGCCUCCACCGCACGGCCCCGCGCCUCAGGGGCUGAGGACCGGGACGCGCUCAGCGACCGGGGGUCGCCCUGGCGGGGCGGGCCCGUCGAAGACGGCUCCUCCAGCAUGCCUGUGUCUCCGUUUGAGUGCAUUGAAGUGCAGGACGGCAUGUACAGCCCCCCGGUGCAUCCCAGCCGGAGGCAGAGCGGGCAGGGGUGGCCGGGCGAGGCUUACACCUGCGAGGCCCGCCCCGCCUUCUUCCCCGCGGUGCCCACCCCACCCCCCUCCUCCCUGGCCUGGGACCUGUACGCCUCGCCGGAGUUCCUCAUGCAACUCGCGCCGGGGAGCGCGGCGGGCAGCGCCCCCACCCACCCCAGGGACAAGGAGGUGGGCCAGCGCACCUUCUCGCUGCGCCGCUUUCCCACCCUGGACACCAUCGGCGCGCUGCACCUGCCGGAGAAGCCCACGGACGCGUCGGAGUCGCUGGCGAGCACGCGCGAGGCGGGGCAGAACCCGCGCCCGCAGCUGGCCUCGCGCCGGCCCCUCCUGCACAGCCUCUCCUGCGAGGUCAGCCCCGCGGCGCACCAGCACACCAAGCAGUUUGCCAGCCUGCCGGGUACCCCGGCCUGA